GUUUUGGGACAUAAUUUAUACAACUUAACAGGACUUAGACCGAUAGAGUAUUAUUACUAAGUAGACCACAAAAAUAGUAUCUUAUUUAAGAUCAAGAUUUAAAAAUUAACAUAUCCGUUAAAGGAACAAAAGUCAACCAAAUUAAGUCACAAACCGACUUUAAUUUGAAAAGGUCAGGCAAACAAGCAAACAAGCAAAAUACAUAUCAAUACUAAAUACUUAAUGAUCAUAAAUUACUUAAAAAGGAAUUUCCGUAACAAAGGGACUUAAGGCUAAUCAAUAGAAUAUUUAACAGCAGUUAAUUGAAUGGCGGUCUAAAUGCACUAUUAUGCAAACACAACAGAAGGACUUCAUUUCGAUGUUAACGUAAUUGCAUUAGCCUAAAACUAUGCAACAAACAAUUGCACAACUAAAUAAUUGCCAAAUAACGUUAGCACAAACACACAAGCAAUCAAAUACGCAAACACAAGUAUUACCGUUAAUAUAACUGUUAAAUAUAAAUAAGGCGCACUCAAACGCACAUAAACAAACAAAUCAAAUAUAUCAACACGAGCAGAUUUGUUUUGCCGCAAGUGCUGCAGUAGUGCCAUUUUAUUGUGAUUUUAUAUAUUUAAGGACACACACAUACGUAACCACACAUACACACAUUAGUCGAUAUGGCUCUCAUAUGGCGUCGCCGUUCAACUUCAAUCCUCAAAAUUGUCGCAAUUUUAGCAGCAAUUUGGUUCACCGGCGCAUUUCUCAUAUACACCGAUGAUUCAAGUCAAUCGAAUAGCAAAUGGAAUGCGAUGUCGUUGUCAUUCAAAGGAAUCGGUGCUGGUGGCAACUCCGGAGCGGGCAAUAUAGGCGAUAUGGCGAAUGGUGAUAGCUUCAAUGGUGGAGCUGGCAAUAAUAUUGUUGAAUCAGUUAUUGAUGCGAAUAAUCGUGAUGAAAGAGGUAUUGAUAACGUUGGCAAACAUCAUCGUCGUGGUAAUGAAAACGUUCCCAUUGAACAACCGGAUGAAUUGGAAGAAGGUGAUUUUAAUAAUGAUGACGAUAACGCUGGUGCUGCUGUUAAUAAUGACAUAAACGAUGGUGAUGAAUCAGUUGUAAAAAAUGUCGUAGUACAUCCGAAUGAGAAAGUACAACGCGGCAAGCUUAUAGCAGGCAACAAACAAAUCAAAAACGAACAACCACCAGAUGAUGGUGAGUAA